GACAACCUGAUGGAGGAACAAUUGGCUGCCACUGAAGAUAUAGUGGAAAGGUGGAAUGGGUGGGAAGGCCCCACACCAGAGACAAAAGCAAGGAAUGCAGCCAAGUAUGGGUACAAGUAUGUCCAAAACUUUGUGAUGGAGAUGUGGAGUAUGGACUUCAAUAAUGAAAUCACAGAUGGAAUCCCCUUCAACAAUGUCCACACACCAGAAGGAAGCUGGCAAGAGUACCUUGGGGAAACAUUUGAGGAACUAGGAACACUGCUAGAGCAUGAUGGAUUAGCAUGCAGAAAUCCCUCAUCAGCAGUACCAUUCAAGAAUUUUGGUCAUCAUCAAGUGGAAAUGAUAGCAGCCUGCCAUCUUCUGGAAGGAUUUACCUUUGACCAUGACCCAAGUCACAUGUGGACAACAACAGCUACCCAGCUGCUGUCCUUUUGGCACAAGCAACAGGAAUCCCAUCCAAAUGAUGUGUUUGGAUUUCAGAAAUGGAUUGAUCAAUCUGGUGAGCUGCAGCCACUGGUGCAUAGAACUUUGGUACCCCUCCAGGUUGUGAGGCAGUGGAAAUACCAAAAGACACCUGUCCCCAAAUGCAAAAAGAAUCCUGGAAGGAAAAAUGGCAAGGGCAAGGGUAAAGUGCAGGAAGUGGGAGUGGUGGAUGAUAGUGCAGAUGAUAGUGCAGACUACAGUGUGGAUGACAGUUUGGAUGAUCACAGCAAGGCUGAGGUAUCUUGCAGGAGGCAAAACCGUGCCAAGACACCAUUCCCUUCUCAUUCCCACUCAAAUCCCCCACCAACUGAUGGUUCCCAUACCCAUGCAAAGACCCCAGUGCAUCAUCCACAAAAUAAUGCACUAACUGAUGAUAAUGGGAGGGAAAGCAAUGGCCAUGAUUCUGAUGAUGAAGCUGAUGAAGACACUUAUUUGCCCACCCUAUCCAAUUCAAAGAAAUUGGCAACAUCCCUGAAUACAAACCCUGAUCUGCACUCAGGGAGGGUCAACAAGCAGAAAAAAUGGUGGAAAGCUGAAAUCCACCCUGAAGCACACACACAAGGCAAGUUUGGUCAUGUUGAAUCAGCUGUUAUGGCAAACAAGUUUGUGCUGUGUGUCAAGCAGGCUCUGUCAGAAUUGACAUCUGCAAAUGUGAAACAGGGCAUUCCUGGGAGAACCUGGAAGUCACCUCAUGUCAGAAAGGCUCCUGCAAGGCCAGAUGCAGAUGUUCCAUCUCCUGAUGCAAAGAGAUUGUGCAAGCAAACAGGCAGCAAUUAG